AUGAGCGAAAAGAGAAGAAUAAGCCUUGUAGCAUGCUCAUACGAACGCUUCAUCUGGGGUUUCACUCUCAACCCCAACAAACAAACCCUAAACCCUCUCUUCUCCUACCCUUCCCAUCUCUCCCUAAUCAAAUUCGUCGCCAUCUCCGGUUCCGUCGUCGCCUCCGGCGGCUCCGACGACACUAUCCAACUCUACAAUCUCUCCGCCGCUUCCUCCCUCGGUUCCCUCACCCACCACUCCUCCACCGUCACCGCUCUCUCGUUCUACUCGCCUCCUCAUCUUCCUUUCCCUCGCAAUCUCGUUUCUGCAGAUGCCGACGGUUCCCUCGCGAUCUUCGAUGCUGACGGUUUCGUUCAUCUCAAGACACUUCCUGUUCAUAAAAAGGCUAUCAAUGAUCUAGCUCUUCAUCCGUCCGGGAAGCUUUCCCUGACUGUUUCGCGGGAUAAUUAUUUUGCGAUGGUGAACCUUGUUCGUGGUCGGAGGAGCUUUUGUUGUCGGUUGGAUAAAGAGGCGUCAAUUGUUCGAUUUGAUGCUUCCGGUGAUUCGUUUUUCAUGGUUGUUGAUAAGGUUGUUUCUGUUCAUCAAGCGGAAGAUGCUAGGUUAUUGCUUGAAUUGCAAUGCCAGAAUCGUGUUUUAUGCGCUGCACCUGCUAGGGUUAUACUCUACUGCAUACAUGUGCUGCAAUUAUUAUGGAGAGAAUUCAUCAAAGUUAUGGAGAGAAUUCUCUUUGCUGUAUUCACUUGUGUUCUAGCACUUGGAGGUUCGAUAAUAGGAACAAUAGGAGGAGCUAUAAAAGGCCAAACCACAGAAGCUGGUUUUCUUGAUGGAGCUUGCAAAGGAGCAAUUGGAGGAGCCAUUGCAACCAUAGAGUUUAUGAGUUUAGCUUCUGAUGGUGAGUCAUUUUCCAAGGUUGCUUUGUUGACAAGUUUAUUAAAUAGAAAAGUGUUUAUGGAAUGGAUAUGUCCAACUGUGGCACAAGCUUAUAUAAAUUCAGUAGAAGGAGCUUAUGGAGGAGUGGUUUCAGAUAUUUAUGACAGCAUGGGAGUUAAAGGGAUGUCACAAACUUGUAUUAUGAAACUCCCAUUUCAUAAAUUUAACUCUUCCGACAAAAUUAUGAAAUUAUACAAUGAAUCAUGCUGCUCAAUUUGCUUCCAGGAUUUUGAGAACGGAGAAUUGGUGAGAAUACUUCCAAAAUGUUGUCACAUUUAUCAUUUAGAAUGCAUUGACAAAUGGCUAGUACAACAAGGAUCGUGUCCUAUUUGUAGAACUUAUAUUCUUCAAUAG